AAUGAAUUUGAUUUCUACAUGAUGGAAGAUGACAUAUUGUAAUUAGGCAACCGCACCACCAUGUGAAUCUAAAUCUCAUUAAAAGCGGUAUCAAUCCCAUCCCCAUCUUUCUCAAUUUCACACUCACACUCACACUCACACUCUCAUUCUCACUCACCACCGACACCCUCCCUCCACAUGCCACCGUCCCUCUUUAUUAAUCUCCAGAUCCAAUUCCCAAUCUGAUUGAUUAGUCUUCGGAAUCCAGACAUGGCUCCACUCCAUGUCCAAAGGUGUACAAAGGUACUCUUUUUGCUUGUACUAUUCGCUUUAAUACUUGUACCUUCUUCCUCUACUCUUCAACCUCCUACUCGGAGAGCUUUGUUAGAAAAAAUACAGAAACAAGAAGACUCAAAUGGGGUUCAGCUGCCUCUCAAGAAGAAGACUGGUUCAGAUACAAGUUCUUCUGCUUUUGAUACAACCACUGUAAAGAAAAACAAGACCAAGCUCAUCAAACCCACCUCCGCCGCCGCCGUCACCGGUGAUGCCAUUGUUACCAAGCUCACCUCCAAUAAAACCUCGACCAAAGCCACUAAACUUCAAGAGAAACCUAUUGUGAAGAAGCUUAAUUCGACUUCAAAACCUUUGAAUCUUACAAAACCCACCUCUAAACCAUUGAAUUCGACAUUAAAACCGUCGAAUUCCACAAAACUCACUUCCAAAACUACGAAUUCCACAAAACCCACUUCCAAAACUGCAAAUUCCACAAAACCCGUUUCCAAAACUACAAACUCGACAAAACCCGUUUCGAAAACAACAAAACCCACGUCCCUUUUGAGCCAAAAAUCGAUAGAUCCAGUGAAAAAGAAUAAACCCACCACAACAGAGAAAAAGACCAAGUUAACGAAACCAGUCGUUGGUUUGACUUACAGAGAAGAUGAUGAAGACGAUUUCGUUUCAGAAUUCCGAGAUCUGCCUUCGAAAUUUCAAGAGACAUUACUCCCGGAUUUAGAAGUGAUUUCAACGACUUCAAAAGCUUAUCUAAACAAAGCCAAUAAGCAACUCUCCAAAGGGUUUAAUCCCAUUGUAGGCAAGAAAUAUGCCCCCAUGGUUGCUUCCAUUAUCUCAUUUGCAUUCAUUUUAAUCCCAUUUCUUCUCGUCUCCCUCAUUUUCAACCGAAUCAAAGCCUAUUUCUCACUUCAAAAACUCAUAAUCUUCAUCCAAAUCUACCUGGCGAUCUACUUCUCAAUACUCUCACUCUCUUCACUUGUCACUGGCCUCGAGCCAUUGAAGUUUUUCUACGCGACUUCGCAGUCGACUUACAUAUGCAUUCAGGUGUUGCAAACUCUCGCAUAUGUGUUGUACCUUUUGGUUCUCUUGAUGUACCUUGUGCUUGUUUUUUCAACGGAAUCGAGCAUGGUGUCGAAAUUACUGGGUCUUGGCCAGACGUUUGUGGGGUUCGCUGUUGGGCUUCAUUAUUACAUGACGGUGUUCCAUAGGGCGGUGCUCCGGCAACCACCGAAGACUAGCUGGAAGGUUCACGCUGUUUAUGCCACGUGUUUUCUUUUGAUUUGUUUAUUGGGUACAGCGGAGAGGAGGAAGAAAGCGUACGUGGUUGAUGGCAGCGAGGAAGGCAAAAAGAGUUGAUCGAUUUACUUUUCUAGAAUUUAUUUAUUUUUAAUGUUUUUUUUUCUAUAUUUUAUUGUUUUUGAAGUCGUUUAAAAGUUUUUUUUUUACAAAAUUAUAGGUAGCAAACGUCUUUUUUUUCUUAAACUAUGAGCGGAAAAAUAUGUCCGCGUUUUAGAUUUUAUUGGUUUUUGUGGUGUCUUGAAAUUUGUGGGGUUUAUUGGGAAUUAAAUAAUAGAGCAAUAAAUUGUAAUGAUAAUUUGUCAACAAAAAUAUUGUUAUUUAAAAGAAAUAUUAUUUUAAUUUGUCGAUUA